UGUGCCCAGCGUGUGAGCCGCCUUCAGUCCACUCUGUCACGGUUCCUAGCACUCUUAUUUUCCAGAGGAGGACAAGGAGGCGCCGGAUGCUUUCAGCACUGGCUGCAGGUUGCCCAGCGAGCGAGCAGCAGGAAGGACAUGCAGCUGCCCCCACUCCAAAAGCCCAUCCGUGCUCUGCCCUGACUCAUCUCUCCAGCAGGUCCUCCCCACGCCUUCCGCCGCCCCUUCAUUUGAUGUGAGAGGAAAUGAAGGACGAUGAAAUAUUUAUCAGUCUCGUGUCUGCUGGACGCCUUCACAUGAAAGCCCAGAGAAACACUUUGGAAAGUGGAGAUGCAAAAACUGAGGCUCAGAGAGGUUAAGGAACUCCCCAGAGGUCACACAGCCGAUGACAGACAACCCUCAGUGCCUUUGUCAAGUCGGCUGCUUCACCGCCACAUCUCUGGUGACAGCGUGGGCAAGACCAAGUUCUAAUUAAGGAUUGUCACACACCGUCGUCUCUGGAGGGCGGUAACAAAGACAGCUUGACCCUGUCCUGUACCGCGACCCUUCCUUCGAGGCCCUCACCUCCGAGGGACCCUGGCCUGUCACAAGGAUUAAUUACCCCUCAACCCCCUUGGAUGGGAAAGGAAAUCACUGUUAUCAAGUUUCGAUUAAAGCUUCAUCAGGAGACAUUAUUGGCUGUUUAAGGAUUGCUGAGGAAGCAGGCCGCUUUAUUUCCUGAAAAGACAAAUUAUACGCCAGCAGAGGCACCCCGCCACAAGUGGUCCGCUUAGCAUUUGAGUGUCGCGGGUGAUGUCGGGCACAGCCGGGUGGCCGUUGCCCAGCAGCAGUGGCCAUAGGAGGCUUUGAGGCUCCCUGGGGCUCCCCGCCUUGCCUUGCAGUCGAUCCUCUGUCUCUGGGAUCUUUCGUGGAAGUUCCUCCUCAAUUAGGCACGAUUUCCUGCAGCCCAUCCCUGGGAGGCCCCGCGUCAGGAGAGCAGAAAUGGCGACCGCGAGGAAAAGAACUCUCAAAGUGCUCACUUUCCUCACCCUCUUCAUCUUCCUCACCUCCUUCUUCCUGAACUACUCCCACACCAUGGUGGCCACCGCGUGGUUCCCCAGGCAGAUGGUCCUCGAGCUCUCGGACAACUUCAGGAGGCUCAUGAAUUACCCCCACAGGCCCUGCACCUGCGCCCGCUGCAUCGGAGAGCGCAAGGUGUCCUCCUGGUUCGACGAGAGAUUCAACCGGUCCCUGCAGCCGCUGCUGACGGCCAAGAACGCGCUCCUGGAGGAAGACACCUACAGCUGGUGGCUGAGGCUCCAGCGGGAGAAACAGCCCAGUAACUUGAACGACACCAUCAAGGAGCUGUUCCAGGUGGUGCCCGGGAACGUGGACCCCCUGCUGGAGAAGAGUUUGGUGGGCUGCCGGCGCUGUGCCGUCGUGGGCAACUCUGGCAACCUGAGAGAGUCCUGGUACGGGCCUCAGAUAGACAGUCACGACUUCGUGCUCAGGAUGAACAAGGCCCCCACGGCAGGGUUUGAGGCCGACGUGGGCAGCAAGACCACCCACCACCUCGUGUACCCCGAGAGCUUCCGGGAGCUGGCGGAGAACGUCAGCAUGGUCCUGGUGCCCUUCAAGACCACCGACCUGCAGUGGGUAAUCAGCGCCACCACCACAGGCACCAUCUCCCACACCUACGUUCCUGUCCCCACGAAGAUCAAGGUGAAAAAGAAUAAGAUCCUGAUUUACCACCCAGCCUUCAUCAAGUACGUCUUCGACAGCUGGCUGCAGGGCCACGGGCGGUACCCAUCCACCGGCAUCCUCUCGGUCAUCUUCUCACUGCACAUCUGUGAUGAGGUGGACUUGUACGGCUUCGGGGCGGACAGCAAAGGGAACUGGCACCACUAUUGGGAGAACAACCCGUCGGCGGGGGCUUUUCGAAAGACUGGGGUGCACGAUGGGGACUUUGAGUCCAAUGUGACGGCCACCUUGGCAUCCAUCAACAAAAUCCGGAUCUUCAAGGGAAGAUGACGCUGUGAAGGGCUAAGGACAGGUGCACCAGAGCGCACCUCUCCACAUCCAGCCCCAGCUUCUCGCCGGAGCCACUGCGCUCUGGGAACUUGGAGGGCCGGCCUCAGGGGUGCGCCCAGGUGCCCCUCGCAGCCUCUUGCACCCCAACAUUUGGUAGAAUCUACUCAGCAAGGUUGCCGAGCCCUGCCAGGGCUGCAGGGCAAGUCUCAGAACCAUUCUGGGGUGGGGAGACCCCUCUCGCUGCUGUUCCGGGCUGGGGAAGGUGGGGAGACUGUGGGGGAGGUCCAAUCCGAAGAUUCCCACAUUCUAAAGAAGAGGAUGGUCUCCUGGGGAGGAUGCACAGAGACUCUGCUCUGCUGAGGGGUCCGGGGCCAGCGCUCUGAUUCUCGCUGUGAAGUUCCUGGGUGAGGAUGACCCCCAGGACAGCCAUGUGGGGCCUCCCGCACAUGGUAGGCCCACCACGCCUCCCCUUUCUGCCCAAAGCUCAUUUAUGGUGGCCAGGAGGGCUCCUCACCCACAGGUCUUCAGAGACUCUAAGUAUCCAGAUGUCUCCUUCCCAAGCUGCCGUUCCCUUGAGUAAUCAAUCUUUGUGUUUAUCAUGAUGACUGAGAGCAGAUCUGACGCCUUCUGUGUGCCUUUGUAUUGGGGAGAGAGAUGCAUGCAUUUGGCUGAAAUGAGGCAAAAGCCCCGACUUGGGAAAGGGGACCGCAGCAGUGCACUCCCCUUACUCUGUAGCCGGGGACAGUUUUCUAGUUCCCUGAGCCAGCGUCUGAGUUGGAACAAAGCUCGGAUGAUACGCGGCUCCAUCCAGAGGCCCGUCAGCCAUGGGGACUUAUUUUCACAGACUACUCGAUUUGGUGCCCGUAACCUUCCAGAGCUGUGCAGGAGGCCGCCACCAGCCAGCAGUUUCCCCCAGGGGUCUACGCUCUGGGCCAGAUCCCUCCUGGUCACCUGUGUGGUGUCCUGGGGGUUGCAGGGUCAUCCUAGGAACGUGACCAUCAGAGGGGAGAAGUCAUACCUCAUCCUUCACGUCCCAGCUGCUCGCUCUUCCUUGUCAGCCUUCCUGAUUAUUUAUUGUUUUGUUUUUAAAAUUCAGCUGACGUCAUCUGCACUUUGCGACUCAAUUGCUCUCGCUUCGGCUGGUAGCUGGGGCGCGGACGCUCAAAGCCAGUUUUGUAGGAAUCCUGAGACUUGGGGUACCGUGGUGUCUAGGGUUGAGGGCUUGCUGGUGGGCAGAUCGUGGGGUGUCAGGUCGGUGGGUUUGUGGGAUGCUCUGCACCUCCUUCUCUCCCAGUCCUGCCUUUCUUCUUUCUCAUUACGGGCUUUAGACUGAGUCUCAGGCUAGGAAUCGCCAAACCCAGCGGCACUGUCUUGGGGAGUGGGGAGUAGAGUCGCAGGCGUGAAAGGACAGUGAUUUUUGGCUCCAGUUGCUGACAUUUAAUCAAAACAAAACAAACAAACAAAAAAAAAAACAGCCCAUUUUUUUCUGUCAAGAGCAUUUCCUAAAAGGCCACUGAUACUUUGAGGAAUUGUGACCGUGUCCUGGUCUGGGAAGCCAGGAGGCCGCCUCCGCUGCUCCCUGCAGCCCUCUGGGUAAGCCCUGCCCUCCCCAGCCUCACUUUCUCCCUCUGCAAGUGGGGAGAGAGGAAUUACAAAGGUCACGGACCACAGAUGGCAACGGGCAUUCACAAGCAUCCCUAGAAGUCACACACCACGUUUGUUUUUCCCCCGAGUCCCUGUAUAUGAGUAUUUUCCUGGGGAGAGGUUCCAGUUUUUAUUCGAUUCUCAAAGAUUCAGGAUCCAGAAAGUGUUUUUUAAAAGCUAACAAACAAAAACCUGUUCCAGCUUUAAAAUUCUGCAAAAUUGAAGACCCUCUUGACUGAUAAAAGGCUUGUAAAUUGCUGUGAGGUCAUUAUUCCGAGCAUAAAUCCUCAGAGGCUAGAGCUCAUGGGAGUCCUUGACGUGAAGAAUUCAGCAAACGUGCUGGUCGGCUGAUUAAUCCCAGGGACAAACCUUGCAGAAAUGGACACUGGCGCAGGGAGCGGUGUGGGCUGACCCCUGAGCUCGCUCUCCCCUUCUCCUGAAAGCCAAGUCUGUUCAGGAUGAUGGGGUCAGAGAGAGCACUCAGCUUUCCUGGAUGUGCUGAGUCAGGUCCCCAGAGCAGACAGGGGUCCACAGCUGAGCUGCGCGCCCCCUGGGUCGGCCGCCUGGUCCCCACUCCACCUCUCCUUCCCACCAGGCUGUUCACUGUGAGAUGCCUUUCAGCCCUUGGAUCCCAUUUUACAGAUGAGAAAAGCAACGCCAGAGAAGGCAAGUGAUUGCAAAAGUGAACGAGUUGUGAAACAGAUUUUGAGCCAAAAUAGGGUGUUCUUGGCUCCAGAGGUGGGCUUUCCCAGCCAGGCUCACCCAGCCCCUCAAAGAACUGUAGUCGGUGUAGGUUUCGGACUACAAGCCUCUCACCGCCGGGCUUCGUUCUCAGGCUGCCCACGGUGGCCCGAGGCAAGCUGUGACCUCGGCCUUCUCACACCGUCCUUCCAGUGGAGGAGAUAGCAUCAUGCUUUCCCAGAGCUGGGGCAGACAUCAUCUGUGGCUUAACAACGGCCGCCUACCCGAAUCCAGCCAGCCACGGUGGCCGGGAUUAACGCACCAUUGCCUUAAACCAGCGGGGCCCACACCGGGGUAAAGGGGGCUGAGAACUGGACAAGAGUGUUUCCCACGGGGAUUUGGCCAUCGGCUGGAGGACGAGAAGCACCCACACGAGGAAGUUCUUGCAUGAACAGUAUACGCAGUUGGGCUCCCCGGGGCUCCGGGAUCCCAGCCCAGGGCUCUGUCCACUCCGCGGGCAGAGAGCUCCUUGGAGACCAGCCCCGGGCACGAAGCCUGCAGUAACCAGUGCUGAGCCUGAAGCCGAAAGGCGGAACUGAUGAGGGAGAAGGAUGUUACCAACAUCCCAGACAUCUGCCUCCCCCAGGGAGUGAAGAGGCUGCUUUCUCAGCUGAGCAAAGCAAUGUCUGCCGCCACACGACCCCUGGAGCCCCUGCUCGCACCCACCUGUAGGGGAAGAAAGGAGGGUCGGUUUGUAGUAAUCUGGGGAAGAGAAGCAAGUUCUUGAAUUGAUGCCUUUUGAAACCCUGGCUUGACCAGGCAUCGUCCAGCAAACCACGAGGGCUGGGCUUAGUGGGAGAAGGCAGACCCAAGGAAAUAGGACCUGAAAGAGAGAAGCCAGGUUAGAACGGGGGCAGGCGAUUUUUGUCGCGGGGAUUGGGGGUGGGUUCGGGGACGUGAUGGCAUCCCAGGCUCUGCCGUGGCCAGAAGGGCCAGCGAGAGGCCAGUCCUACCUCGACGCAAUCUGGGCCUCUGGAUCAAAGGUGGGAUAGAAUCACAGAGAAUAUUGAGAACUGUGAUGUUUGCUUUAACUGUUCUCUUCAAGGCAGCUUGAACCCAAAGGAAAAAUGGAAAACUGAAAAGAGCUCACUCUCCCUCUCACGGUUGUGGUUGGAAAUGCUUUCUCCAGGGAAGCCAAAGAUGGCUGGACUCCAGCCACGUGCCAUCAGGGACUGGCAACUGUCCUCGCUCCCCCAGAGUUCGGGGAUGUCACUGUGUCCAUCGUGGACAUCUGGUUUGCAGCAGACAUGGCCUCAGGCCACUGGCUGGUCAUCCUCUCCUGGGGUCUGGGCUAACAAGUUUUGAGCCCUCCUGGGGGGCAGUCCACGACACCUCUGCAAAAAAAAAGAAGAGGGUGUAGGAGGAACAGCGGGCCAGGCAAAGCAGCAUCACAUAGUCUGUCCUUACCCAAAGCACUGCAUUUCCUACAAGCAGCCAGCCUCUGGCCUCCUGUCUCCCUCCCAGACCAUCAGAGGUCCGUACUCGUGUUGAACUUGACCCCGUUGCUCAGCUUCUGAACUGCCAUUGUCGCCCUCCUGCCCAGCGUCCUGGUCCAGACAUCAGCUUUAACCUGGGAGCCCUCACUGGGCCCCGGUAGGAUGGACAUGGGUGCACCAUCACGUUAGCACUUAACUGAAUUCAUGUCAAAGCCAAAGUUUCCUGAGCACUUUUUCCUCUUUGCAAUCUUGUUGGGUUGGUUGGUGGUGUUUUAAAAUCUGCGUUCUUUGCCCCCCCACCCCCCGCCUUGCCUCACUCCCAGGUUUUGCAGCUAAGUGUUUGUUCAUCUGAAUGAACUUGGCAAGAGUCUGCCUUCCUCAGCCUCUGCUCUGUUUUUUAUUUUUAAUUUAUUGUUGAACAUUUCCAAUGAUCCGAAUCAAAGUGAAUAAAAAAAGAGCUAUUUUAUUGUU